ACCGCAUGCUUUAGUGCGGGCCAAAAACUGUGAUUAAAAUGUGAGCCCUUUGAUUUGCACAUCUGGCAUCGACGGCCCCAGAUUUUCUCACCCACUGGCUGCUCAUCUCGCAGAGUUGGGUGGUUUUCUCCGCUUCCUUCUUUCAGAAUCUCUGCUACUUCCCAGGCUUCCCCUGCUUCCACUGAAGCAUCGAAAAUAUCAUCUUUGCCUUCUGAAAUGAAGGCAUGGGUUUAUGGUGAAUACGGGGGUGUUGAUGUUUUGAAGCUCGAUACCAAAGUUUCUGUACCCGAAGUGAAGGAAGACCAGGUUCUGAUUAAGGUCGUCGCCGCGGCUCUUAACCCAGUUGAUUUCAAGAGGAGGCAGGGCAAGUUCAAGAAUACCGAUUCUCCACUUCCGACUGUUCCAGGAUAUGAUGUUGCCGGUGUGGUAGUAAAGGUUGGGAGCCAAGUAAAGGAGUUUAAAGAAGGGGAUGAAGUAUAUGGGGAUAUACAUGGGAAAGCUCUUGAGGGUCCCAAGCAAUCUGGCUCUAUUGCAGAGUACACUGCUGUGGAAGAGAAACUAUUGGCUCUAAAGCCUAAGAAUCUUAGCAGUCAACUUUCAACAAGCCUAUUUAUUGAUAAAUGAUAUCUCGGUGUUGAGGGAACAAAAAGCUUUACUCAACAUGAAAAACAAAUUAAACCAUUUCGACUCAGAUAUAGCACAUAAAGAGAAUAGACCUUAUUAAUAUUCAUAGGAGAAAAAAAAAAAAAAAAAAAGUCAAAAAAAUAUAAAUAUUUUCCUCUACUUUUCUGGUAACCGAUCUGAAAUUAUAGUAACAUAGAUUGCUGAAUUUCAUUUAUAAAGAAUAAAAACAAAGAUAAACAAAAGGAAAACGAUGAAAAUCUAGGACAGGAUUGGCUGGUGGCCGGUGGAAGCAGCAGAGAAGUUGCGAAUUUUAUCUGGGGCAGGGAUGGCACAGGUGGGGCUGAACGACUUUUCCAAAAGCUAGAAAUCGGUGGCUUGCAACGUCACUGGAAUGGAGAAGUAAAACUAAGCUGCAUGGAAGAAGAAAUGGGAGGAGAAGAGAAGGGAAUUUGUGAAUGGAAAAUGGGAGAUUUGGCCAAAAUUUUCACGUGAGACCAAUUUUUAUCCAGGAUCGUUGAUGCCAGAUGUGCAAAUCAAAGGGCUCAAAUUUUAAUCACAUUUUUUAUCCGCACAUAAGGCAUGCGGUUGGUCCCAUGGUAGACCCUCUCUCUCUCUCUCUCUCUCUCUCUCUCUCUAUAUAUAUAUAUAUAUAUAUA